AGCGGAAUGAAACAGAACUGUAAUGGCUGAUGAAAGGCAAGCUGUCAAAAGCUUAUAAAUUUAUUUGUGAUAUUUAUAACAAGUUUAUUUUAUUUUGAAUUUUUGAAUAUUAUUUUUUAAAUUUAUCAGCUGUUACAUUCAAUUAUUUAUUAUUUUAACUUGUGCAUUAUGUAGAUAAACGUAAUCAUCACUCGUCGACAGUGAUUAUUCUGGUUCUUCGAGUGUGCAUUGUGAUCAGUAUUUAUUAAUAUAUAUAUGCAUAUAUAUACAUGUAGGUAUACAUAAAGAUUUUAGAUAAUAAAAAAAGGAAAAAAAAGGACGUGAAUCAUGUAUUCCCAUCAUCACCAUCGUCACCACCAUCAUCAUCAUCAUCACAGGAGACGUACUAAUAAUUUUACGUACGUCAGCUCCUGUGUUAAAUACAUGAUUUUUAUGCUUAACUUUAUCUUUUGGCUUUUUGGAGGAUUGUUAAUUGGAGUAGGAAUCUAUGCAUUUUAUGAUAAAUUACAAACAACCGGAUCAGUUAAAGUAGAAAAUGUUUACGAUAUUGUUCUGAAUAUCUCACUUGUGAUGGCUAUUGCUGGUGGUGUUGUAUUUAUUGUAAGUUUUGCUGGCUGUGUUGGUGCAUUGAGAGAGAAUACAUGUCUUCUUAAAUUUUACUCAUGGUGUCUACUAGCAUUUUUUUUACUCGAAAUGGGUGUAUCUAUAGUUGGUUUUGUAUUUCCUCAUACAUUACAAUCUAUUCUUGAAGAAUCAUUUACUGAUAAGAUUAUCCAGACAUACAGAGAGGAUCCAGACUUACAGAAUUUAAUUGAUUUUGGACAACAAGAAUUUAAAUGCUGUGGGUUAAGUCAAGAAGGUUACCUAGAUUGGCAGAAAAACGAGUACUUCAAUUGCUCGAGCCCCGGUAGGGAAAGCUGUGGUGUACCUUUUUCAUGUUGUAUCAACACGACAGAUAUAUCAAGUGGACUAGUUAAUAUAAUGUGCGGUUAUCAAAUUCAAAUGCUCCCGCCAUCAGAAGCCAGCAAGAGAAUAUGGAUAAGCGGGUGCAUCGAGAUAGUCCGUACAUGGGCUGAGCGUAAUCUUUAUACAAUAGCGGGCAUAGCACUUGGUAUUGCGCUGAGUCAAUUAUUUGUGAUUUAUUUAGCUAAGACAUUAGAAGGACAAAUUGAAAUGCAAAGAGCACGCUGGCGUUCUUGAGGUUGACCUCAGGCCACCUCACGCUACGAUUAUGCCGCGAGGCAGCAGGUGGCCGGUCGAACUAAUCGUGCUCAAGAACAUUCGGAAAAUUGUGGAAGUACCCGUAUGGGAAUGCUUGUUUUACUUGCGGUAACACUUUACAUAAUGUGUAUUUUGUCACUUGUAAGACUUGCCCUUUACUUCAAAAAUUAUUUUUACAAGUAUCUUGACUACGGUUAAAGUAUUUUUAUUCAAAUGCAUUUUUUUUUCACACUUGUUCAGUCUUUGCCGUGUGAUUUAGACGAGUAGUUUGUCCUUCAUUAAUAUUUUUAAAUUUACUCUUUGAACAAAUUUAUUAUUGUGGUGUGUUUGGAUCCUUUGCAACGGCGCACAGGUGCCCGCCAUAUACCGGGAAAAUUUUAAUUACUAGGAGUUUAUUUGGAUAUUCAAAGCAUUUUAUAUUUGUAUUUAUUCUAUUGCAUUUACGCCAAUCGGCAUCAUACGUUAUGUAAACAAUUUUCGGAUUGAACCCAGAGUAGAUGACUUUUCCCGCGGAGUGAAAUUUACUCCAAAGAGGAGAUUAUUUUAAUAUUAAAUAAAAUUUGUAAUCAAUCCCGUUUUUUUACAGUAGAAAAUAAAAUUAAUAAUUUGAAUUCUAAAAAAAUACCCGGGAAAAUUUAAAUUCAUAAUUAAAUUAGUAGAAAAAAGUUGAUAGUCAAUAAAAAUAAUGUGUGAAUUAUCAAGUGUCUGAUUAAAGUUAAAUUUAAGUGAACAGAUCUCCACAUUUCGAUUAUUAAUAAUCUUUGUAAAUAGUAUCGAUAUAAUUAAAAAAAAAAUCGAUUAUUAAUUAAUAAAAAAUAUAAAUGAAAAUGGAUUUUAUCAUGCUCUCUGUCUGCAGUAAAUGUGCGUGUGUAAAUUUUGUGUGCGUGCAGCAUAAAAUUUAUUUUUAUUAACGUUUCUUAUUAAUUAAUAAUCGAUUUUUUUGUUAUUUAUACAGUCGAACUCCAUUAACUUGGACAGUUAGUUUACGGAGGAGCGGAAAGUUCUUGGAAUUUCCGAGUUAUCGGAUGCCCCUUCUUCCUUAAAAAGUAAACUACAGCGCAUGCGCUCUUACAUAUACAUGAACGAUGUAUAGAUAAAUAUAGACAGACAUACAAAUGUAUAGUAUCGGUGAGAGACAACGUAGCUUGUAGUGGGGGUCAAGAUUGAGGGGAAAUUUCUAAAUAAUGGAAUCCGAGUUAAAGGAGUUCGACUGUAUGAAUACUUUUCAUAAAAAUUAUUCAUAAACGUUACAUUUAAAUUUGUUCUUGAAUUUCAUUUUAAUCAGAAAUUUUAUAAAUUUAAAUUUUCCCGGUUUUCUGGUGGGCGUCAAAAUGGCCCGGUGGCGAAUCUGAACACACCAUUAAAAAAAAAGAUUUAAAUGUUUUUUAACUCAUAUAUUAUAUUAUAUUAUUAUAUUAUAUUAUAUAGAAAUUUAUUGACAUAAUUUAAAUUAAUUAGCGAUUAUUUAUCGAUGUUUUUAUAUUUUUGUCUACUAUGCCGUUUAAAUUUAUUGACGUACAAUUAAACUGCCAUCUUCUAUUAAAUAAUUGCUUAUAAGUAAAAGAAUUAAAAAUAUGUGAAAUUGUUCCUUCUAUUAUAGUUUAGAAAAGGACAACGAUUAUACAAAUGUAAAAAAAAAAAACAAUUUAAUGAUUAUUAUUAUUA